GUCUCUCUCCAGUCUCCCAUAGUCCAGUCUCUCCACACCCUCCAGGGCAGUCUCCGGUUGGUGCGGCCGGCGGCAGCAAAGCGGAGUCACCCUCUCCCCGUCUUCCAACGGUCCAAAGGACUCCAAGCUCCAGACCCCAGCCAUGGAGAUGGAGAUCUACAUAAAUCUUGACAGGGGAGAAGAGACGGAUAGGAUGGAUGGAUGAUGCCCAGGCGGCCGUAGCCAGGUGCACUACAGCAGCCAGCAUCUUCCUCCUCCGAGCAGAGCAACAGAGGAAACAAGAAUGGCCAUGCCCACCUUCCACCUUGCUCCUGACCUGCCGCCCGUUUCCCGCCUCUGCUUCGGGACGAUGACGAUGGGAGAGCAGAGCGGGGCGGCAUGCUCGCUGCGCCUCCUCGACGCCGCCUACGAUGCCGGCGUCAACUUCUUCGACUCCGCUGAGAUGUACCCGGUCCCACAGCGCAGUGAGACGCGCGGGCGUAGCGAGGAGCUCCUCGGCCGCUGGUUGCGGGCCCGCCGGGCCCCACGAGACAGCGUCGUCGUCGCAACCAAGGUUGCCGGGCCUUCUGGGCAGAUGACAUGGAUUCGCGGCGGGCCGACGUCUCUAGAUUCGCGGAACAUCGCAGAGGCAAUCGAUGGCAGUUUGCACAGGCUAGGCGUGGACUACAUCGACCUCUACCAGAUACACUGGCCGGAUCGGUAUGUUCCGAUGUUUGGUGAGACAGAUUAUGAUCCGAACUGCCAGUACACGUCUGUUCCAAUGGAAGAACAACUGGAGGCUCUUGGAAGAGCAAUAGAUGCUGGCAAGAUCAGGUACAUUGGCCUUAGCAAUGAGACACCAUAUGGCUUGAUGAAGUUUCUUCAGCUGAGUAAGGAUUUUCAGUUGCUUCCAAAGCUACUGACAGUGCAGAACUCAUAUAACUUGCUGUGCCGAAAUUUUGAUUCUGGAUUGGCAGAAUGCUGCCAUCAUGAGAGAAUCAGCUUGCUGGCUUACAGCCCAAUGGCAAUGGGUAUACUUUCAGGAAAGUAUCACUCAUCUGAUAACUGUGGUCCACCAGACGCAAGAAUGAAUCUUUUCAAAGGGAGAUACUCUGAAGGCGAAUCCCGAUACAAACUGCAGAGCCCCAAAGUGAAAGCAGCUGUGAAGGAAUACACACAAAUUUCUGCAAAGUAUGGCAUUUCUCCAGUGACCUUAGCGAUUGCAUUUGUCUUGAGACAUCCACUUGUUGCAUCGGCUGUUUUCGGUGCGACUAAAUUGUGGCAGCUUGAUGAAGUUCUUCAAGCAACUACAGUCCAUCUUCCUGAGGAAAUUCUUGUUGAAAUCAAUGAUGUACAUGCAAGAUACCCUAACCCAUGCCCAUAGAAAAGCUUUGGGAUCAUGUUCGUUUGAUGAUUCACUGAUUGCAAUAUCCGUAUGGUUAGGAUGGAGCAGCAAUUUUGUCAGAGCCGAGUUAGCCAUCUACUUUUUUUUUUCUCGAAUACAGUUGGCCAUAGACUUAUCCUAUUCAUUCUUCAAGCUUUGUCAAAGUUGUCAAGAAGUGUCCAGAACAUGAAAUUACCUGUUUCAUCUGCCAUGUUACAUCUCUAAUUUUGUUUUCUGUUUGUUCACCAACUCAAAUAUUGAAAUGGCAAGCUGUGUUAAUUCAUCAUCA